UCCCGUGCCGCAGCCUCGCGGCUCUCUCGGGGCUGCGGGCCGGCGGCGGAGCCCCGCGGGGCUGCGCCCGGCGAUGUCCCCCCGGUGGCAGCCUGGGCGGCCCGAGGCGCUCCGCUCGCUGCCGGGCGGGGGCCAUGUCCUCGCUGGUGAAGGAGGACUUGGCCAAGAGGCUCUUCGGGCCGCGGAGGCUGCGACUGCACGAGUUCAUCGAGGUGGAGGGCUCGGGCGCGGAGCGCUGCUACCUGUGCGCCGCAGUGACUAAAAGUGAAGAAGUAGAAAUAUGUAUGGUAAAACACUUUCGAGAUCGAGAAGAGAAAUAUGAAGUAGUUGAAAAGUGGCUUUUAAAAGAUCUGGAGAUGAUUGAUGGAAAAGAAGCAGAUACUUCUUCCACAGCUCCUGCAUGGGCAAUCAGCCAUGAUCUCUUGCAGCUGUCUGCAGUCCCGUGUGCAUUGCUCUCAACUCUAAAACUAGGAACCGAGGACACUGUGGAGGAUAAUCCAUAUUUUGAUAUGCACUUCCACAAAGUCUACAGUAUGGAGGCAUACAGUUGCGCAUCUAAAUAUACCUUUGCUCGAACACUAAACAAUCUGAAUGAAACAUAUCUUAAAAAGGACUUGAAGAUUGUGAACUUUGAUAGCACUUACCUAAAUGAUGAUUCAAUCUGGUCAUCCAACAAUAGGGAUUGCUUAGUACUUAUGAGAAUAUGCUUCUAUGCUUCCAACCUUUUAUGUCUCUCUUUGUGUCCUUUGUCCUGAAGACGUAUUUUAUAACAUUAAAGUGACUGGUUGACUUUUGCUAACCAGCAUUUUGUAAAUUAUCUGAUGAAAAUGACAAUAAGUGAUAUGCAGUACCUGCUUUUUAAUUUUAUCUAUAAGUCCAAAGUAGAACCUACUUUUUUGAUAUCCAAUUGGCCAUUCAUUUAUAUCUAUUGCAAGGGCCUCACUCUGGCAAAUAGAAAUGUAUGAGGCUCUCAACAAAAGGACUGUGAUUCUUAAGUUCAGUGGUGGUUGUUAAUAAAAGUUAAGUUCAGCAUUUGCUCUAUGUUUAUAGAGGUAUAAAUUAUUUUUCACAAAUAGCUAGAAAUAUUUAUAUAGAAAUAUUUAAAAAUAUUUUAAGAGCAUUAACAUCUACAUCCUGGAAGUAGAAAAAAAUUAAGCAAGCAUAUGAAUUUUGUACAAGAAUGAUGCAUGUUUCCAUUUGUCAAAUGUGUGGAAAUACAGAACUCUGUUAAAGAGAUCACACCUACUUAAAUACACGAAUGAAAUACUCAUCUUAACGAUCUAGAGUUUUGCAUUUAUGUACUGUGGGACCAAUUUUUCACCUAUGCACUUAUAAUGAUUUUUCCUCCUGAAUAUCAAGUGCUCCCUUUGACCUUUCCAUUAUUUAUGAUAUUGUCAUAGAAACAAAAAAUGGAUGUUUUCAAGCAGAAUUAUUUUAUUUGACAGACAUUUGAGAACUUUUUUUCUUCUAUAUCACUAAAGUCUCUUUCUUGCAACUUGUUGUUUAUGUGCAUGAGAAAGCCUGCUUAGGGAACAGAAACUGUUUAUGUCUGUUCUCUCCCUCAGGACCAAGAGUUAACAACAUAGUACUGGAGAUCCUAUGUAAACAGUAGGUUUUGGUAGUUAGUUACAAUUACUUUGUAGGUGAGUGACGGACUUCUCAAAAUUCAUCGAAUUAAGAGAGUAAUUUUCACCAGUGUCUAGCUAUGUUAGCAUAUUCAGUGCACUACGUAAAUGUGUAUUAGCACUUACAUUUGCAUUGAAUGUGAGAUGGAUUCUACUGAGUGGUUGCAAAGAUCUCACCCAUAACAGAAAAACAACAGCUGGACUUGUGACAGUAUAAUAUUACAGUAGAAAUAGAGGAUGAAUUAAAGCUGUAUUGACCAAGAGCUGAAGAGGAACAAUGUCAACAAGAAGCACAGUGAUAUUGCUUGGUGUCAGCCAAAUAAGCUAGCUGGCUGCUCCCCUUAGAGUCAACAGAGAAAGCAAUGCCAUUCCAAAAGGUGAUUCAGGGAAGCUUCUGGUCAGAAAUUCCUGCAGGAGAAAAUUUGUUUUCUCUUGUGGUAGCCUAGAGAGCACAGAGAGACUAGCUCUAGACUAAGCCAGCUAAGUACCAAAGUUGACAAAUGUAAAUAGCUCCCAGAAAAUCACAAACUGGUUAAUGUCCUCCCCGACUACCUGCCAUCAUGGCCUUUUUGUGGAAGGACAUCAUGACUUGGUCUUCACUGUUUCCUUUCACCUGGGCUCCCACCUUUGAAAACAUUUGUGCAAAUGUACUUUGGAUUCAAAAUUGAAAUCAAAUAGAAUAAGUGAGAGUAUAUUUGAAAAACUGUAUAAAAUGUACAGCUUUCUACUUUACUUAUUAAAUGUUAACCUACUGCUUGUAUAUAGAAAGGCCAUAUAUUUGAUUAUCUUAAGAAGUUACGUAUUUAUUCCAGGAUUAUGUUGUAAACUACACACAUUCUAACAGAAAACUUAAUAAUUAUGUAUACCUUGAUGCUUGUGAAGGCAGUUUAUAUGGAUUAACACUAAUUUUCAGCAAUUUUUGAGGUCUUAUAUCUUACAUUUGUCAUCUAAAUAUUGUUAGAGAGAAAGGUUGUAUUUAUAAUUACUGUUUAUGAAAUGCAGUUGCAGUUGUUCUUUUCAGAAUGUCUUUGAGAUAACGCAGUCCAGCAUUUGAUCCAUCACUUCAGAAAGUAUUUGCCCAACAUCCAAGGUGUACAAAGACAUUUUUCAAGAGCAAGUAUAAAGCAGAAUAUAAUUAUAUAUUAUGACACAUUGUCUAGUCUGGACUGCAUUAUUAUAAAGUUAACGAUGUUUUCUGUGAAGUCAACAAAUUCUUUGCUUACUAGGCACAAGGAAUUAUUUUAUGGGUGAAAUAAUCGUUCAUAUUGUAAUAAAAAAUGUAGAAUCUCUAAUAAUAAACACCUCAGAGUGUUCUUUUGAAAUAAA